AUGUUCAAAGUGGGACCAAUUGGGUCAACUUUUAGUAGCGACAAGAGUUGGGACGAGAAGGGACACACCACGAUCUCUGGUAUUUAUGUUACUUUCAACGACUAUGGCAUAAAAUCUCUUCAGUUUAGCUAUGUUCAGAACGGAGCUCAUGUCAUGUCUAAAACAUACGGUUCCUCCGAAGCGUUGAGUGGAGUGCAUUAUAAUCAAACAAGGAUCACGUAUUUGACAUUUCACACUAACAAGAGGAAACACGGACCGUUUUGUAAGGGUGAGUAUGUAGAAAGCUGGAAGAGGGAAAUCGAUGUAAGGAUAUGUGAUCGUAAUGAGCUUGGUGGUUUAUUUGGGUCAUUCUAUGACUUUUAUGGUGGUAGCUAUCUGCAGUCCAUUGGCAUGUAUGUCUUGCUCCCCAAGUUAUCUCCAAUACAUACAACUACAAUCACUCGUAAUCAAACACUUGAUUAUCGAAGCCUGAAGAUCGUCGAUGGUUUUCCUGUCAAGCCCAUCCGUCCUUAUAAGCCCAAACUCAAAGACCGGAUACUCUCCGAAUUGAAUAAAGCUAUUCAGUUCCUUAAAGAUCUUUGA